GAAAGAGAAAGAGCGAUGAAUAGCGCUACUUCCCCUUCUCUGAACGCAACCGGUGAAGUUUCGAAACCGAAGAAGAAAAUUUGUUGCGCGUGCCCUGAUACGAAGAAGCUGCGAGAUGAGUGCGUGGUGGAGUACGGUGAAGCCGCUUGUGCCAAAUGGAUUGAAGCUCACCGCAUUUGCCUCCGCGCCGAGGGAUUCAAUGUUUGAUAUCGCAAUCACAAUCACAAAACUAAAACCCUACGCAUUCCUUCGGAUAUACAGUUUAAGGGCUUUGUGAGGAUAUGAUCUAUGGCACUUGCAUCACAGCUUCUAAGUCACUGAUUUUCAGAGCACUAGAGUUGUGGAAGCCAUUGGAUUUUCAAGUGAAAUUCUCCACCAAGUGUUCUCCUAGGAAGAUAAAAAUGGAAAGUAAUCUAAAUUCUAGCGUAGGGGGCAACAAAAAAGAGUCUAGAGGUGCCUUGGUUGUCCUAGAAGGCUUGGAUCGUUCUGGGAAGUCUUCUCAGUGUAGCAGGCUAGUGUCCUUCUUGGAGGGACAAGGAAUCUCUGCUGAAUUAUGGAGAUUUCCUGAUAGAACUACAAAUGUUGGGCAAAUGAUAUCUGCCUAUCUCACUAACACAUCACAGUUGGAUGAUCAUACUAUUCAUCUCCUCUUCAGUGCUAAUCGUUGGGAAAAGAGGUCAUUGAUGGAAACAAAAUUGAAAACUGGAACAACCCUUAUUGUUGAUCGUUAUUCUUAUUCUGGGGUUGCUUUCUCAUCUGCGAAGGGACUUGAUAUUGAAUGGUGUAAGGCCCCAGAGAUUGGGUUGCUGGCACCAGAUCUGGUAGCAUACCUUGACAUAUCACCAGAGAAAGCUGCAGAAAGAGGAGGGUAUGGAGGUGAGCGAUAUGAAAAGCUGGAGUUUCAGAAGAAAGUUGCUGAUUGUUACAAAGUUCUUCAUGAUGUCUCCUGGAAGGUUGUAGAUGCUUGCCAACCCAUAGAAGAUGUGGAGAAACAGUUGCAAGAAAUAGUACUUGAUUGUGUCACAGAAUGCAAGAAGGGGAAGCCCCUUUCCACCUUGUGGUCGAUGUAGACUUACUAUUGAAAGAGAUAUCAUAUAUUAUCAAAUACACCAUUUAAUUGUGAUUCAGAUUGCUUCUUUCCUAGGUACUAUAAUCACAAAUUUGUUUGCCAAGCAAUUUGAAGACAGCCUGAAUUUUUAUAAUAUGCUUAUGCUCCUG